CUAUCCCCUUUUCAAAGCACUGGCCGUCAGGGCCCAGACCCACCGCCUCCUGCUGCUCCUUUCUCCAGUUCGUCUUCCUCCUCCGGAUCGAGACCUUGGAGGCUGCUCCAUGGACCUGUCCAUUGAAACGGAGGGCGAUUCAGAACAGAGGCUUAGCCGCGGGCGUGCGGGCCCUGCUGGUGCUGCCCGGCCUGUAGAGUCCCAGGCUUCUAUCAGCGUCGCCGAGGCUGACAUUCGCCGUGCAGGGGACCUCCGUAGCGGUGGCGGAGAUGCCGGAUUUCUUGGCGAGGACCCGCUCUUGCAAGUUUGUUCGGAGGCCACGAGUGGAUGGACACGCAGGGUAAGGAUCAGAAAGGCCCCAGCUGAGCGCGAGCUCAACCCUAACCGGAAAAGUGCGCUUGAAUUAUCCAUGCGGGCGUUCAUAUUGAAAAGGGAUGGCAAUGUUGUCAACCCAGCUGUCGGGACUUCCUUUGAUUCAUUGGAUGAAGCCUAUCAAUUCUACAAUUUGUAUUUGUGGGAGCUUGGAUUCGGUAUAAGGUAUUCAAAAAGCAGGCUAAAUGUGGAGCGGGUGAAGUGCAUGCAGGAGAUAGUCUGUGGAUGUGCAGGUAAACCAGAGAGGGAGAAUACAAGAUCAACACGGUGCGGCUGUGCUGCCCGGAUCAGGCUGCUUCGGUCGGACGACAAUGGAUGGUAUAUUUCAGAGCACCGGGAGGCACACAACCACUCUUUGUCAAGCACUUGUGGUGAGAAAAUGCAUUGGCCGUCGCACAGGCUCAUUGACCGGUAUACAAAGGAUCUUGUUAGGCAGCUAAGAGAGAACAAUGUCAGUCUUGGAAAGGUUUUUAGCAUAGUUGGUAGUUUUUUUGGAUCAGUUGAUAAUGUGCCAUUUACAAAGCGGUCACUGAAGACGCUGUGUUGCAAGUUGAACAAGGAGCAGUCUGAUUCAGAUGCCCGGAAAACAAUGGACAUACUUGCGGAGAUGAAGGCAAACGAUCCAGAUUUCAACUAUAGUGUCCAGGUUGAUGACGAGAGCAGGAUUAAAACACUUAUGUGGGUUAACGGGCGUAGUGUGGACCAGUAUAGGUGUUUUGGAGAUGUUGUAACGUUUGAUACCACAUACAGGAAAAACCUAUAUGACAUGACAUUCGGUCUGUUCGUAGGAGUGAACAAUCACUUCCAGAGCAUAAUUUUCGGAGGUGUCAUGCUGAGGGAUGAGAAGGAGGACACAUUCAAGUGGGUUUUCCGUGAAUUCAUUAGGAUGGUUGGGGGUAAACACCCGCAAACAAUUUUAACAGACCAGGCGAGAUCAAUGGAAUUGGCUAUAGAAACAGAGAUGCCCAAUACAACGCAUAGGUGGUGUAAAUGGCAUGUGCUGAAGAAAGCAAAGGAAUCAAUGGGGGUUUUGUGGAGCAAGAAAACUGAUUUUAAAAGUGAAUUUCAUAAGCUGGUUCAUCACAUGGUCACGGAACAAGAGUUCGAGGAUGGAUGGUCUGCAAUGCUUGAUAAAUAUUCACUGAGGAAGCACCCGUACCUUACUCAAAUUUAUGAGGUGCGGCAUAAGUGGGCAAAGCCGUAUUUCAGAGGUGUUUUUUGCGCCAAGAUGACUAGCACUCAAUGGAGCGAAAGUGCCAAUCACAUGCUUAAAAGUUAUGUCCCCCCCGGGCUGUCCAAUGCAUCUGUUCCUAAAACAGUACGAGAAGCUCCAGUUUGACAGAGACUCUGAAGAGAGCUUCCAGGAGAAACGAACUACACUAAGUGGUGUUUUGCUGCGAGUAAAUCUUCCAAUUGAGAGGCAUGCUAGCAAGAUAUACACAAGGGCGAUGUUUGAGCAAUUUGGAGAUGCUUUGUACAAGGCAGGGGCCUAUGAACUGGAUGUUGUUGUCCCGAAAAAGAUAUACAUUCUUACUCACGUUGAUGCUCUUACAAGAGAGAAAUGGAGCAAAGUACAGUUCAAGGUUGAAGUCGAUGAUGAUCAGAGUUUCUUUAACUGUGAAUGUGGGAUUUUCGAGCACUCUGGAAUGGUUUGCUGCCAUUCGUUGAAAGUUAUGAUUGAGCUCAAAUUGAGCAAGAUCCCAGAUAAACACAUACUGAAACGCUGGACUAGGGAUGCCCGCGAUAUAUUGCCGGAGCACCUUGUUCGAUACCAGAAGGACAGAGGUCCGCAUGGUUUUGAUACUUACAGGCACAACGCCAUGUACAUGAAGGCCCUUGAAUGUGUUAGACUGGGUGAUAGCAAUGUGAAGUGCUAUGAUGUUUUGAUGGCCAUGAUGAAGGAGGUUUACACAACUCUUCUCCCCCUAAGCCAUGACAAGGAUGGUAUGGGACUCGAAGAGUGUGAGGCUUUGGAGCAGAGAGCCAAAGAUGGUACCCAUGGUGACAAAAAUGUUGAUGCAUGUAUUAAUAGUGUUGACGGGGAUGCAUUGUCAAACUGUUCUGGGAUUGCCCCUGCAAAAGAGAUGUGCCAGCCUGGGAGGCCAACCACUAGCAGAGACAAGGCUCCGUAUGAAGAUAAACUGAAGAGGUCAAGGUUUUGUGCGAUAUGCCGAGUGAAGGGGCACAAGAGCACAACAUGUCCGGAAAGGGGAGAUAUUCCGAAAGCUCCAAGGAAGAUGCCUAAGUGUGGGAAAUGUGGAGUGCUCGGACAUCGGCGAAACUCUUGCCGAAAGCGGGCAGAACCCUUUGUGCCUAAUUUCCUGUAGAUUCUGUCUUGAGCACUUUUGUUUCGUGUUUGUUUUUGUAGCUUGGGUAGAAAUGUAUUUUUGAUAUCCAGGCUUACAAUGAGUUCAAGCGUGCUAAUGGAUUAUGCUUAACUGCCA